AUGCCGAUGCACAAUAAUGUGACUGAAUUCAUUCUGCUUGGGUUGACACAGGAUCCUUUUAAAAAGAAAAUACUUUUGGUCUUUUUCUUGUUUUUUUACUUAGGAACAUUGUUGGGUAACUUGCUGAUUAUUGUUACCAUCAAGACCAGCCGGGCACUUGGGAGUCCCAUGUACUUCUUCCUUUUCUAUUUAUCCUUAUCUGACACCUGCUUCUCUACUACCAUAUCCCCUAGAAUGAUUGUGGAUACCAUUCUGAAGAAUAACACUAUCUCUUUCAGUGAGUGCAUAAUCCAAGUCUUUACAUUCCAUUUCUUUGGCUGCCUGGAGAUUUUCAUCCUUAUCCUCAUGGCUGCUGACCGCUAUGUAGCCAUCUGUAAACCCCUACACUAUAUGACCAUCAUGAGCCGGCGAGUUUGCACUGUGUUGGUAGCCAUAGCCUGGGUGGGGUCUUGUGUACAUUCUUUAACUCAGAUUUUUCUGACUUUGAGUUUACCUUUCUGUGGUCCCAAUGUAAUUGAUCACUAUUUUUGUGACUUGCAGCCCUUGUUGAAACUUGCCUGUGCAGACACAUAUGUUAUCAACCUACUAUUGGUAUCCAAUAGUGGGGCCAUUUGCACAGUGAGUUUUGUCAUGCUGAUGUUUUCCUAUGUUAUCAUCUUGCAUUCUCUGAGAAAUCACAGUGCUGAAGGGAGGAAAAAAGCCCUUUCCACCUGUAUUUCUCAUAUCAUUGUGGUUAUCUUGUUCUUUGGUCCUUGUAUUUUUAUAUACACACGUCCCGCAACCACCUUCCCCAUGGAUAAGUUGAUAGCUGUGUUUUACACAAUUGGAACACCUUUGCUUAACCCUUUGAUUUAUACACUGAGAAAUGCAGAGGUGAAAAAUGCCAUGAAGAAGUUAUGGAGCAAGAAGGUGAUAUCAGAGGACCAAAGAUGA